CCACGGAGCCCACCGUCCGGCACGACCCGCUCCUUCGCCAGAGAGCAAAGGCAGACAGCAGGUCUGGAAUGUGGCCCCCAGCUUCGUCACAAGACGCUGCAUUCUGCAGACUCUGAUGAGCAACGGAGCUGCUUCCGACAGGGGCAGCUCCAGGCAGCGGGCCCCAGGAGCUGAAAGAAUUAACACAGGCUCCAGCUCUUCCAAGCACCACCAGGGACGCUUCCUGUGCGCCAGGGCCUUUUCUCUUCAAAUCGACCCCCUACGGGAGACACUAAGAUCCUAUCCACAACCGAUCCUCUAAGGCGGGGUGAGUCCCAAGAAUCAAAUUGCUGUGUUAUAUGAUCAAAUGAUGCUGUUGCAAAAAAUCCCCCAGCAACUGUGCAGCUUAAAGAAAUGCCCAUGGUCAUGUGAUUCCAGAUACUUCUGGGGCUGGUUGAAUGCAGUAUUUAAUAAAGUGGAUCAUGACCGCAUCAAGGAUGUCGGCCCCAACAGGGCUGCGUCUGAGUGGCUGCUGCGCUGUGGGGCCACCGUGCGCUACCACGGCCAGGAGAGGUGGCAGAAGGACUACAACAACCUCCCAACAGGCCCUCUGGACAAAUACAAGAUUCAAGCCAUCGAUGCCACCGACUCCUGCAUCAUGAACAUUGGAUUUGAUCACCUGGAGGGCCUAGAACAUGUUGAAAAAAUCCGGCUGUGCAAGUGUCAUUAUAUUGAGGAUGACUGUUUGAAGAGGCUUAGUCAACUUGAAAAAUUACAGAAAAGCUUAUUGGAAAUGGAGAUAAUUUCCUGUGGGAAUGUCACAGACAAAGGCAUCAUUGCUUUGUGUCAUUUAAGAAACCUCAAGUAUUUGCUUUUAAGUGAUCUUCCCGGAGUCCGAGAAAAAGAAAAUCUUGUUCAAGCCUUUAAGACCGCACUGCCUUCUCUGCAACUAGAAUUGCACUUGAAGUAAAACAGUAGUGACCAAUAAGUGUCUUUUUUUAGUAUAAAGGAGCAUUUCAAAUCGUUGGUCCUAAACAACAACAGAUAUUAUAUGAUCAUUCACAGAAGGAUGAAGAAGUCUUAUCAUGGCAUUGUAGAAAUGGAGAGUCUACGUAGUAGGAAAUUGUUGGAUGUGACUCACUAAAGCUACUCUGUUGAAAGUGAGACUUGAAUACAAUAAACCAUGUUAAUAAAGAUGCAAAUUAGGUAGCAUUUAAGUUGUAAGAUUCAGUAUUUAAUACAAAUACCCAUAUAAAUAUCUUCUCAUGUAGACAGAUUCAUCAAAGUGAUCAGGGAGCAUAACAUGGAUAUCUAUUUAUUAUAACUAAUUUGUAUUAUAUUUAACUUUAAAAUUGUUGAAGCAUGUUAUUAUAAGUGCACAAUCAUGAUGAACUAAAACCCAAAUUACAGAUUGAUUAAUGAAGUGAAAUAUGCAAAGUAGCUGAAGGUUGUUGAGGCCUCCAUGUAUAUGGCUUCCCGGUCUGCAUGCUUUUCUCAUGAUCCUGCAUCUCUGUGUUCUUAAUAGCAUAUCGACUUGAUCAGAUUAAAUGCUUUCUAACCUAUGUUGUAAGCUUAGGUUAGUUUUUUUUAUGAAAAUUGGACAGAGAUACUUGUCUUAAUUCAUAUAGUGCUGCUGAUGGCAACAGAACAGAGGAAAUACUGUUAAAGACCAGCAGGCUAAGCUUUUCUCUUAAAAAAUAAUUUCAUAAUAAACACCAUAAUGCAAUUUUCAAGCAGAAAGAUGAAUUUUAGUUGUUUUGGAAACCAACUUAUGUAAAUAAUACAUAGCAUAAAUGAUAUAUACUGUUUACUAAUAUAAUUGCCACUAUCAGUGAAAUCCAUUGGAGAACAGAGAAUAGAAAGGAUGGAGAAUGGUGUCAUGUGAUACAGUGUGAUUCCAUGCUGAAGAAAAGGAUUAUAGACACGGUUAAACUGAGCAUGAGCUGACUGGACGCGCCAGAGAAAACAGCUCUCUUUGUCGAGGGGUUCACUGCCAUGUGCUGACAGAACUGAUUCACCAUGAUUUGUGCACAGCUGCAUUUCGAUUCUGAAUGAUUUUCUGUGAAACCACUGGGUGAACUGGGCAGUUAUAGUCAUCUGCCUCUGUCAAAAAAAAAAAAAAAAAAAGACAAAAAUGUUAACUCUUUGUAGA